UCGGAAGUACUGUUCGGAUCGCUUGAAGCACCAUCAGUACGGCGUUCCCAGUCCUCGCAAGCUAGAUAGCGUCUUCCCAUGUAGACAAGUCCAUCACCUGCACUUGCUUUGUCCAGGAGUCCCCCUCACUCUAGUUUUCAACAACCCUCCAUUCAGCAACCCUAAUAGUAGCACUGGUACAGCGAAUUCUCCUCAGCAAUACUGCGGUCGUCCAUGUCGCGGGAGGAGAGGGCAUCCAUGCCGACGCUGCUGGUUCUCGUGCUGCUGCUGCUCGGCGCGCAUCGAAUCCACGUGGCUUGCGGCCAAAACGGCGCCUUCCAAAUCCGCGGAAUGCUGGACGAGAGCCCCGGUCGACUGCUGGAGCGACAUCAGUACGAGCAGGAGGAGGCGGGCGUGCUACAGUCGGCAUCCUCGCUACAGUCAGGCCGUGAGGUUCGGCGAAGUGAAGUGUCCGGCGCGGAGCGAGUCCAGAGAGUGUUCGAGGCGGGGCAGGGCUCGUGCGGCUUCCCCGACAUGCGCGCGGACGCGGACGAGUGCGUGGCGGACCUGGCGCAGUUCCCCGCGCUGAGCGAACGCAGCGGUUCCGCCAGCGCGCGGAAGCUGGCUUGCCUUGCGCACAACUACCUGCGCCCGUGGAUGGGCAUUCCGGGGGUAACCCAGGGCAUGGGCGCGCGGGGAAUGAUCAACCCCGCCAUGCUGCACCAAAUGAGCUCCUUGGCGAACGUGCUGUCGUGCGCGGGCCACGUGCGCAUCGUGCGCGGAAAGAUUUUCUUCCGAUUCGGCAACUUCGAGUUCGACUGGUACCGCCUCAGGCGAUUCGUCUUCUCCAUGAAAAUGAUCCAGGAUGCGAUAAGGGAGUACAAGCUACACAACCUGAAUGCGGAAUUCUUCCUCAAUACAUGCGACAUGCACAUCAGCAAAGCAAGCAGUGUCGCAAAGCCGCUAGCCGGGCUGCCCAUUUUCAGCGUGCAUGGUGGGCCGGGCAGCGUCGACAUCCUUUAUCCUGAUCCGGUCGAUCUCAGCAGCAAUUAUUUCCGGGAGUCGGAAGAUGAGGUACCGUGGGAGCAGAAGGAGAGCAGGGCAGUGUUCCGGGGUGGCAUGACCAACUACCGAGUCAUUUACCCCAAGCACUGGCGGGGCAGCCCGCGAUUCCGGGUGCACAGGAUGUCGGACGUUCGCCCGGACCUGCUUGAUGCUCGAGUGGUGGGGGGCGUGGAUCCCGAAUACCGUGCAGGCCUCCGCCACGAUUCCAUCACCUUCGGCGACCGCCUUGGCCCAUCUCAGCUGCAGGGCUACAAGUACGAGCUUGACGUGGACGGCGGAACGGGCAGCGGGCGCGUGUGCGGUGUGCUGUCAAGCAACCAGAUGCUGAUCAAACAAGCGAGCGAAUACACCCAGUUCUUUGACCCUCUCAUGUGCCCCUACCGGCACUUUGUGCCCACGCACCGCUACUUCUCGGACCUCUUCGGGCAGAUAGAGUGGGCACAGAGGAACGAUGGGGAGGCGAGGAGGAUUGCUCAACAAGCCAACGAGCUUGCAAGUGAUGUGUGCACGUUUGACGGGCGGCGACUAUACUGGGCCAUCCUGCUGGCCAAGUACUCCGUGUCCGCACUAGAGGACAACCGCAACAUCACACAACCGCCAUUGUUCACGUGCACUGCGCCGCCCACUCAAGGAGAUGUGGAUGGCCCCAAGAGUCAGACGAGGAAGCCGCCCCCGAGAUGGCCACCCAGAUGUGACAGUAAGGACGCAGAGAGUCAGCCACCCUGUACUCAUUAUUGCAUCGGGCUGCUGGAGGAUGAGAGCAAGUGGAAGUGGCUUACUGUAGAUUCCCUUGACGGAAUUGAGGUUUACAAACCUCGUAGCAAGCGCAUCAAGUUCCAGUAUAUGUGAGCAAGCUAGUCGGCAGAGCAUAAGAACCUGCAAAUACCGUAUUGUCCCGGAUAAAACACCCAGGGGUGUUAGUAAUAACCCAUGUAAAAUUUC